AUGAAACUGGGAGCAGGCCAGGACACGUACGGCGCCGGAGGCGACUCUGGCCGCGGCGGAUCAGCUAUGACAAUCUCGUCCGUCAUGGCUGACAUCAAGGAGAAGUUUAAGAACGACGAGGAGGACCAAGUGUCGCCAUUCCAGGGACUGGACAAGGCUACGGUGCUACAGGAGACCAAGAUCUUCUCGGAUGCCAACACAGUGACUCGCCACCCCAAGAAAUGCUGCCAGCUGAUCACCAAGCUGCUGCACAUUCUUACACAGGGGGAGCCCUUCACUAGCGCAGAGACCACCGCUGUUUUCUUCGGCGUCACCAAGCUGUUUCAAUCCAAAGAUGCCAAUCUGCGUCGUAUGAUGUAUCUGUUUAUCAAGGAAGUGGCCGAGGCCACUGCGGCCGACGAGGUGAUCAUUGUGACUCAGAGUUUGACCAAGGACAUGAGCUCCGACGUGGAUCUGUACCGUGCCAACGCUAUCCGAGUGCUCUGUCGUAUCAUUGAUGGCUCCAUGUUGAACGCAAUUGAGCGCUACAUCAAGCAGGCCAUUGUGGACCGCAACGCUCUUGUGGCUAGUUCAGCUUUAGUGUCUGGUAUUCACCUGAUCAAGAACAACCCGGACAUCGUGCGACGCUGGGUGAACGAGGUGCAGGAGGCCGCUAACUCCACGCACGACAUGGUGCAGUAUCACGGCGUCUCGCUCCUGUAUCAGAUCCGACAGCACGACAAGCUCGCUGUGUCCAAGUUCAUCACGCAGCUCCAGAAGACCAACCUGCGUUCCAGCCUUGCUACUUGCUUGCUCAUCCGCUAUACGGCGGCUCUGUUGCGAGAAAACGCGAACGGUCAAGACGCCGCUCCACUUUAUGCCUUCUUGCAGAAGAUGCUGCGUCAGAAGAACGAGAUGGUUAUCUAUGAGGCUGCCAAGGCUCUAUGCGCACUGCCAGUGGACGCGCGUGACCUGACGCAGGCAAUUGUCGUGCUGCAGCUGUUCCUGGGCUCGUCAAAGCCUACUCUGCGCUUCGCUGCGGUGCGCACUCUCAGUCAGGUGGCACUUACCCAACCCAUGCUUGUGACGCGCUGCAACGAAGACAUGGAGGCGCUUAUCACGGACUCCAAUCGAUCUAUUGCGACUCUGGCCAUCACUACGCUGUUGAAGACUGGUGCCGAGUCCAGCGUCGACCGUUUGAUGAAGCAGAUCUCCACGUUCAUGGGCGACAUUGCCGACGAGUUCAAGAUCGUCGUUGUGGAGGCUAUUAAGAGCUUGUGCUUGAAGUAUCCUCAGAAGCACCGGGUGUUGCUUAAUUUUCUGGCCAACUUCCUCCGUGAGGAGGGUGGAUACGAGUUCAAGAAGACGAUUACGGACGCUAUUCUGUUCUUGAUCGACCGUAUCCAGGAGUGCAAGGAGACUGCGCUGCUUCAUUUGUGCGAGUUCAUCGAGGACUGCGAGUUCACUCAGUUAUCCACCAAGAUUCUACGAGUACUGGGUCAGAAGGGACCGACCACGUCUGCACCGGCGCGGUACAUUCGUUUCAUCCGUAACCGUGUUAUUCUGGAGAAUGCACCGGUACGCGCUUCGGCCGUUUCGGCCCUUGCUCAGUUUGCUAUUCGCGUUGCAUCGCUCCGCGUCAGCGUGUCCUCGCUGCUGCAGUGCUGUAAACUUGAUGACGAUGAUGAAGUUCGCGACCGUGCUACCAUGUAUCUCGCCCUUCUGGAGGGCGAUGAGGUCACUAGCCGUACGCUUCUUGUGGAGGACUUCCCCAUGAGUGUAGCGGCACUGCAGAAGUCGAUUGACCAGUAUGAACUGCGCCCCGCUGAAGGUCCGCUUACUUUCGAGGCCCUUCCGCACGUUGAAGUGGUCGAGGACGUCGUCGAAGCUAACGUAGACGACGCCGAAGCUGACAAUGAUCCGAUGCAAGCGGACGCUGCGCCGGAGCCGCAGGACGUUGCUAAGGAACUGUACACGAUUCCGGAGUUCGCCGAGCUUGGCACACUCUUCCGUUCGUCCAAGCGCCUGGAGCUAACGGAGGCCGAAACUGAAUAUGUCGUUAGCUGCACGAAGCACGUGUUCGCGAAGCACAUUGUGCUCCAGUUUAAGGUGCUUAACACUGUGAGCGACCAGCUUCUCACGAAUGUGAACGUUGGAUUCGUGAUGGAACCAGAGGAAGUGUGGCAGGUACACUCGGUUGUUCCGCUGGAUAAGUUGGCCUACGGGAAGACCGGCUCGUGUUACGUGUGCUUGCAGUACACUGGCGAUGGUGUCUACCCCAUCGUUCAGCUUGCUAAUGUGGAGUUGAAGUUCAAGGUACACGAGGUGAACCCGUCGUCCGGUGAAGUCGAAGACGACGGCUUUGACGAGGAGUACCCGAUGGAGGAAAUCGAGAUUGGCUCGUCGGACCUGAUGGCCAAGGUUCCCGUCAACGACUUCCGUUCGGCUUGGGAGCACAUUGGCGACGGUGCCGAGGUUAAGGGCAGCUAUGGUCUGAAGUACAAGAGCCUCGUGGAGGGCGUGGCCGCUGUUAUUGAGAACCUCGGCAUGCAGCCCUGCGAGAACACGGCUGUGCCGCAGCCAAAGGCGAAGGCGCACAUUCUCCUGUUGUCCGGUGUGUUUGUCGGUGGUGUCAAGGCACUGGUGAAGUCGAGAAUAUCGUUCGAUGAGCAGAGCGGCAGCAUGAUUCUGCAGAUGGGCGUGCGUUCGGAGGCGGAAGAAAUCAGUCAGACCAUCAUGGACUGCAUUAGAUAAGAAGCCUGCGUUCGUCGUCCGGAUGUUCGGCAGUCGUGUCCAUCAGGCAAUUGAAAUACAACGUGGAAUAUGUACAGCUCUUGGAGAGGAACAUAAGCGAACGUUGGAAUUUGAGGAACGUGAGGAACGGAGGAGCACAAUUAGCGAGAUGCUUACGAGCUAUACUUUCUCUCAAAACACAAUGGACAUUGUUUGUGAUUGAA